AUGAAUGCCUGGGAAGCUGAAUUUAAGGCUCCAUGCCAAAUGACCAUGUAUUUUUGAUCUUGUGAUAUUUCCUAGGGUAAAAUUUGUUCGAAGCAUUUUUAAUAGUGAGACGUUUGGCCUAAAAAACCAUUAAAUUUCACUAUUUAGAAAUUUUCGACCAAAUUUCUUCGAUAAAAUGUACAGCACGAUCAUUGGACCUAUACCCGAAUUUGAAGCUGCUUUAGAAACCCAAAACGAAAGCGGCUUGAUUGACAUACUAAAAUCAGGUUUUCCUCCAAAUUUUAUGAUACGAUUUCGAGACACAAAUGGAAAUUACUUAUUAGGGCACACCUACCCUUUGAUUAUGGCUAUUGAAUAUCAACUGAUUGAAGUAAUAAAGUCAUUAAUAUCACUCGGGGCACAGAUAAAUGCUAUUGAUUCUUAUGGGCGAUCAGCAAUUCUUGUUGCAUCAGCAGUUGGAAAUGAAGAAAUUUUAAGAGUUUUAGUGUCACGCAGAGCUAAUAUUUCAGCAAGAGAUCACUAUGGAAAUACGGUUUUGCAUAUUUCUGCUGCUAAUGCGAAAUUAAGAUUUAUCCAAAUAUACGUAGAAGAAUUAAAAAUCCCUGUAUCGGUUAAAAAUAAGAAAUCUCAAACGCCAAUAGAUCUUUGCAAAGAAAAACAAGAUAAAAGUAAAAAUUUAAAAGAAAUAGAAGAUUUGCAAGAAGUUAUUGAAUAUUUAUGAAUAAUUCAAGAAGAAUUGAAAUCAAAGCACCAGAUACAUAAUGAAAAACACUAUGGAACUCCUCAGCCAUCAGUACAUAUAAGGCAUUGCAGACAAAAAAGCAUUGGAAAUAACAUUAGCGGAGAUCAUUUAUCUCCAAUAUCAAUAUUACCAGAAAAAAUUUCAAGAACUCUUAAGAUUUCUGCACCAUUUAAAACCCGUCAAACAAUAGAAAGCUACUUAAAAACAAAAAAUGCUAUGUUUAAAUGUAUAACAGCAAAACAUAACAAUGAGGAGAGGGCUUAUUUUAAUCUUUCCAGAUACAAAUGCCCAGGAUCUACAUUUUCAAAGGACUCAGAAUCUCCGACUCAAUCAACGCAAUCAAGGUUUCCAUCCUUAGGAAGAAGUGCUCUUGUGUCAUAA